AAGCGAUGCUUGCUGGGAGCAGCGCCGCUUGUUGACGCCACUGCUUCUGCGUCAAAUAUUGCAGCUUUUUUGCGGAGAGGCAUCUGUCAUACUGAAGGUAAGACACUGAAAAUUUAAAGGAGUUCAUAAUUCCGAACGAGACAUUCCGAAUUCAAAAACAAACGCUGAUUUCUCCCUUCCCCCCCCGCGUCUUUCUUUCGCUUCUGCUCGCGUGGGCAGUAGUGCGAGCGCCGCCUACCCAGGUCGGUCUACGCGCGCGCGAGCCUCAUUUAAGGCGGGCACUGACGUCUACGAUCGGGUGGCGGAAUUCUGGGCGACAUUGUACCGCGUAAUGGACAAGCCCGGCGGCGCGCAGAACAUCGUGUUGGUGACCCACGGUUUGUUGAUGCGGAUAUUUUGCAUGUGCUACUUCCGCUGGACGACGCUCGAGUUCGAGCAGGUUUGGAACCCGUCGAACUGCGAGAUGUGGGUCCUCGAGAAGACCCCCGGCGGCCGUUAUCGCUUGGCUGGGCGCCUCGGCGACGAUGGCGCGCUGCUGCCCAUCAGGUUCGGGGCGAACCAGUCGGAGCGCCUUUACGAGCACAUGAAGGAGCCGCUGGCCUCCAGGACCGUGGUUCCCGGGACGGGGCAAGAGCUGGAGGACGAGAGGCUGCGGCACCUGCGGGUGGCUCGGGCGACGAGGGUUGCCUCACCCUACGUGCUGCACAACGUCGCCGAGGAGGUCGUGUGCGCUUCCGAGCAGGAGUGCGUCAUGCCCGGCGCCAGGCUCGCCGCCGAGCCAGAGGUAGGCGACGCCAGCGCCGGCGCGGUGGUGGUUAACAGCGGCCCAGACUGAAAGAAAAGCGCCGCGCCGCCGAAGCCCGCCGACCGCCGCAGACGGACGGCCGACGGCCGCCGAAGUCCGCGGGCCGACGGGCGCCGCCGACGGCCAACGGGCG